AUAUCAUUCAAUUUUAUGCUGUUAACCAAAUAGUUAUAUUUUCUUUUUUAGUACAACGUCAACAGUAACUAAUUGAAUACGAAGUACGAAAAAGAGACAAAAGAAAACAAAAAUCUUACUUAAUUGUUACAGCUGCUACUGAAACAAUUGUGAUCUGUUGCUUUGCUAAAUACUUAUUCAUUCAGUAAUAGGCAAAUCAUUUAAAGAGAAGCUAAAAGUUAAUACCUGUAAAAAAAAAAGCUUGAAUAUUUUCAAGACUCAUCUCUUUUUGAAGGUAAGAAGUCAAAAGAAAAAAAAAACAAGUUAUACAUAAUAUUUAAAUUAUAACAAUUAUAAUAAUAAUAGAUAAUUAUAUUAAUUAUUAAUUAUAAUAAUAGAUAAUAUAUGUAUAUUAUAUAUUUAACUAGUUGAUUUUUAGAUUAUCAGAAUGAAAAUAAAAGAUUAUUAGUAUCUUUUCUUACCUCUAAAAAAUUUUUAGAGUAUAAACGAAAUAAGAUAGAAUUAUUGAAAAUAGAGAUUGGAACAAUGUUGAUUUGCAUGGAAAUAGGGUAACUGAAAUAUUCUGAUAAUUAUUAUGGUUUCUCUAUAUUACUUUUAUACUUUCCAUCAAAGAAAUAUCCAUAGGCUUAUGUUAAAAAAUAGUACUUCAAGAUUAAAUUGUAUAUAUAUAAGCUAUAGAGAAAAUUCUGAAGUAUUUACCACAAAAGUGUAAUCUUUAACGAGAUGCGUAAAUUGAAAUAGAUUAAGUGCUUCUUUGUUUACGAUCUUUCACAGUGUUAUUUUAUUCUCCUACUGUUUAAACCUGAUCUUAGAACGGAUAUCUACUUUCUACCUUAAUAAAAACAAAAUAUAUUAGUCAUGGUAAAGGCAUACAAUCAUAUCUUGAUUUCAAAUCGAAGUAUAUCAUUAAACUUGUUUUAACCUUUUAGUUAGCAGCCUUAGAAAAAGUAUCUAUGCAUAUAAAGCAAAAAAUUUCAGGAUUUAACCUCAUGACCAAUGAUAAGAUUUAAAUGGAUCGUGCAUUAUAAAAAGAGAAUUAAUAAUUUUAGAGCUUUAACUUGUUUACACUUGAACUUUUAUAGAUACUAGUUCUGAACUAUCUAAGUAUUAUUUGUUACUAUUUAUUACAGAUAAUUCUCGUAUUCCUAAAUUAUUGGCUGGAAGAGAGAAAAUGAACUCAAAAAGAAAACCUUUGACACUAAUAAUAAACGAAAAAUUGAUAAAAGAUCCAUCGGUCGACCCAGAGCAAACAGUUCUAAGCUAUCUAAGAGAUAACUGUAAGCAAAAUAGAAUUUCUGAAUACUAUACAGUAUAUUCUCUGAAGUUUAUGUAAUUUUGCAAUAACUAUCUGUCUAAAUGUCGAAAUACUAUAAAAUGAUACAUUAAUCUGAUUAGAAUAUAUAGUAUACUGUAUAAUUGUAUAUAUCGUUAUGUAAUAUUUUAAUAUAAUUUAAAGUAUUGUGUAGGCUACAAAGUUUUUUUAUAUUAGUGAGGUUGACAGGAAGUAAAUUAGCAUGUGGUGAAGGUGGUUGCGGGGCUUGUACUGUUAUGGUUUCAGCCCUUGCGAAAUCGAAAAACGAGAUAAAGUAUGACAUUUGCCCUAUUUUUCCUAUUUUUAUGAAUAAUAUUGAAAAAUAUGUGCUUACAUUUGUCUUAUUUUAAGGCAUUACUCUAUCAACUCGUGUAUAACACCUAUACUAUCACUUCAUGGUUUAGCUGUGACAACAGUUGAGGGAAUUGGUAAUUUGAAGGGCGGAGUUCAUCCUGUUCAAGAAAGAAUUGCUAAAGCCCAUGGAGUACAAUGUGGUUAUUGCACUCCUGGAUUUGUUAUGAGCAUGUACACUCUAUUGAAAAACGUUCCACAACCAGAAAAAAAGCAAGUUGAGGAAGCUUUUCACGGUAAUAUUUGCCGUUGUACUGGGUACAGAUCAAUUUUAAGUGGCUGUUACACUUUCUGCAAAAAUAAUAAAACAGUUGAUAUUGAAGAAUUAAGCCUUGGGGAUGGAAGUAAUUUAUACUGUAAAAAGUCUUUUGACGCCUCAGACUGGAAAAACUACAAAACAUGUAAUGGAGAAACCAUCCCACUGAAGUCACUUAAAAUAGAUGAAGAAUUCCAGCACGAGAAAAAGGGAAAAUGCUGGAUUAGAGCUGAAUCUAUUCAACAUUUGACAACCUUAAAGUUUAAUCAUCCAGAAGCUCCCUUAAUUGCAGGAAGCACUGAAUUAUCUGUUGAAAAACUAACUAAAAAGGAAGAAAAAUCUGCAAUCUUAAUUCACGUACCACAUUAUUUAGAUAAUACAAUAGAACAGGAUGGCAAUUGUAUGAUUGUUGGCUGCUCGACAACCCUAACUGAUCUCGAAGAUUAUGUUAAAAAUCAUGAUAGAGAUUUUAAUACAUUUGAAGCAAUUGAGGAAUGCUUAAAAUACUUUGGUAGUAACCAAAUUAGAAAUGUUGCAACAGUUUCUGGAAACGUCUAUACGUCUAGCCCAAUAUCUGAUCUAAUACCAAUUCUAGUUGCAACUAAAUCUUCCGUUAUUCUAAAAUCAAAAUUUGCAGAGAGAAAGGUUUAUAUAAACGAAGAUUUUUUCACCGGCUAUAGAAAGAAUGUCAUUGAAGAUAUUGAAAUUAUUUCAAAGUUUAUCAUACCGAUGACCUUAGAGAAGAAUGAAUACAUAAGAUUUUAUAAACAAGCCAAAAGAAAAUAUGACGAUAUCUCCAUAAUAAAUGCUUGUUUUUACGUUAAAUUAACAAAUGAUCAAACUAUUGAGGAUAUUAGAAUUGUUUACGGAGGCAUUUCUUUUAGAGUUGUAGAAGCUACGCAAACGUCUGAAAAGUUGAUUGGCUUAAAAUGGAACAAGAAAAUGUCAGAAACGGCUACAUGUAAUUUAAUAAAAGAAUUAUUUAUUACAAAAGGUAGUCCAGGUGGUGAAGAAACUUACAGAAAUAAUUUAUUAUUAAGUUUAUAUUUCAAAUUCUAUCUGGAUGUUUGUCAGAAACUUGAUGGUUUUAAACACGAAAAUUCAGUUCAGACAAUAUCAGGAAUUCAAUUAUUCGAUGCCAUCCCUGGAGAGAAUACAAUAGGUAAAUCUUUGUCCAUUCCUGCAGCUUUAAAGCAUACAACAGGAGAAUCUGAUUUUAUAUGCGACAUGCCAAAGUUCGAGAAUGAAUUGAUUAUUUAUCCUAUAAUUUGUCCAAUUGCCUGUGCAAAAUUUAAUCUAAAAAAUCGGGAAGAAAUUUUAAGGAUGGAAGGUGUUAUUGAUAUUUGGGAUUGGAAAGUAUUUUAUGAUUGUUGGAAAUGGAAGAGUGUAAGCUAUUAUGUAUCCUCAAUUAUUGCUCUGAUUGCGACAGAUGAAACUAUCUAUGCUGGUCAACCAAUUUAUUUUGUCAUUGCAACUGACUUGGCAAUGGCUGAAAAAGCGGGUAUUCUUAUGGAAAUUGAAUACAACAGAGUUGAAACACCUCUUUUGACUGUUGAUGAUGCUAUAGCGGCAAAUUCUUUUCACAAAUCAAAAGCUUAUCCAUCCAUUGAAUUAGGGGACGUUGAAGAAGAAUUUAAGAGGUCGGAUGAAGUACUUGUUGGAGAAGUAAAUGUAGGUAAACAAGAACAUUUCUAUAUGGAAACUCAAUCAGCUUUAGCUGUUCCAAGAGACGGAGAUGCUUUAGAUGUUUACAGUAGUACACAAAAUGUUGGCGGUGACCAUAGAUAUAUAGCCUCUAUACUAGAUAAACCUCAGCAUUUAAUUAACGUUAUUUGUAAAAGAUGUGGUGGUGGAUUUGGUGGUAAAGAAAAUCAAGCUAUUACCACCUCAAUACCAGCUAGCUUAGUUGCAGAAAAAUUCAAAAGACCUACGCGAUAUAUAAUGAACAGACAAAUCGAUAUGCAAGUGACCGGAGGCAGAAAUCCGAUGAAGGCAAAGUACAAAGUUGCCUUUAGUAAAUCCGGAACAAUUAAAGCCUUAGAGGUGACAAUAUAUAUGAAUUCAGGUUACUCCAUGGAAUGUGGCUAUGAUGUAGGAAUUAAAUGUGUUAAGUCUGUAGGGGGAGGUUAUAGAAUUCCUCAUAUGUCUGUUAACGUAAAAUUUUGCAAAACGAAUAUAGUUAGCAAUACUGCAUUUAGGGGAUUUGGUACACCUCAGGCUGCAAUAAUCACUGAGAGUAUUAUAGAAAACAUCGCGCAUAAAUUGCAACUUGGAUCAGACCAUAUUCGUGAAAUAAAUAUGCUGAAAGAUGGUGAACCAACAAAACUAUGUGGGCAUGCAAGUCUAACAAGUAUGCAAAAUGAUUCGCUCGGAAAAUGUUGGAGAGAAAUGAUGAAACUAUACAAAGUUGAAGAGAGAAAGAGUUCAAUUAUACAAUUUAACAAAGAAAAUAGAUGGAAAAAACGUGGAAUUGCUUCAACAGUAGUUGAACACUACAUUGGUUUCAAUAAAGGAUGCUUGAUGCAAGGAAAUGCACUGGUGAAUAUUUAUAGAGACGGAUCGAUCUAUUUGUCUUUCAGUGGGGUUGAAAUGGGACAAGGUCUAAAUGCCAAAAUGCAACAAGUUGCAUCUUCUGCCUUAAAUGUUGAAUAUGAUAGAAUUUAUAUUCCUGACACGUCGUCUUAUUGUACACCCAACUCCACAAUAACAGCAGCAAGUUGUGGAACAGAUGUCAAUGGGUUUGCGGUAUUGGAUGCAUGCCAAAAACUUAACAGAAGACUUAACGGCGUUAGAGAAAAGUUUCCAAAUGCAUCCUGGGAAGAAAUAGUAAGCGGAGAAUAGAAUUUAAAAGUUUAAUAUACAAAUUAACUUAUGAAAACAUUGUUUCCUUCUCUAUAAUAGGUGGAAAAAGCCUAUAUCCAACAAAUUAACCUCUCUGCCAGUGGACAUCAUAAAUUGUAUACUAUAUAUUUCUUUCUCGGUUGAUACGGAAAGUUAAAUACUUAUUUCAAUUAUUUUCAGUGAAAUUUUUCAAAAUCAAGAUAAAAAUAAGAGCGGUGACGAUGGUUUAUAUGUCGUUUGGGGUACAUCAACAACUGAAGUUGAGAUUGACAGUUUAACGGGGGAUGUUGUUGUUUUAGAAUCAGACAUUGUUAUGGACAUUGGGAAGUCUAUGAAUCCGGCUGUUGACAUUGGUCAAAUAGAAGGAGCUUUUGUACAGGGAUUAGGUUUAGUUCUUCUUGAGGAACAACUUUAUAAUCCUUCCAGCGGGCAACUAAUUACAAAUGGUCCUGGAAAAUAUAAAUUACCGUCUGUGAGCAAUAUACCGAGAAAAUUUAAUGUUACAUUGCUUAGGGGAGGAGACGAUGGUGAGAAAAAAGCUAUUCACUCAUCAAAGGGUGUUGGAGAGCCAGCUAUAUCUUUGGCAGCAUCUGCAGUUUGUGCUGCCAGAAAAGCUGUAGCGUCAUCUCGUUUCGAUGAUAAAAAUACGCAACAAUUUGUUAUUGAUACUCCAGCAACGCCAUCUAUCAUAAGAAAUUUAUGUACUGAUGAUUUGCUUUUAAAAGUUACUGAAGAGGAGAAAAGGAGACAAGAGACUUUAGAAAAAGAAUGGUGUGUCCGUGUAUAAGUGACAAAAGAAAAAUCAUAGAUGAUUACAAUAUUUUUUCAUUUGAAAUAGUUUAUUCCUUAAUUGAUUACGCAACUUAUAGAGUGUUUCUUACUAGAAAUCAAAAUAUCUUUGUAAAUAUGCAAUCAAUUUAUUUUAUUCAGUAUCUAGAAAUCAUAUGUACAUUAUAGUUAAUUAUUUAUCAUGAUUCUAUUUUUUUGUCAUAAUCAUUGAGUAAACUAUCAUUUUCAAAUAUCUCUUCCAAGGUACCUCAGAAAGAGAUAAUCAUCAAAGCUUGAAUAGAGAAAAAAGAAAAAAUAGAUAGAUUACUUUUUAUAAUUUUAACGAUAUUUUUGUAAAUGUUUUAAUUUGAAAAAUAAAGAAAUAUUUACCUCCAAUCUCCCAAGGAAUCUCUUGAGUCGCUUCGUUUAUGAACAAUCAAUUUACAAAUUGCUUGGCAGUGUGCAGAUUUUGAAUGAUUCCUAUUAAGUUUUAUACAUAAUAUUUUAAUUAUAAUAAUCAUUUAUUUUUAACAUCUUACUUGCACAAAUCGAUGCAGUUGUGAUCUCUAUCCAGCUUUGCCAAAAUAGGGGCAAUUAAGCAAAUGGCGAAUAAAACUUUCAGAGUUUUUGUAAACAUUUUCAAUAUCUAUUUAAAAAAAUAACCUACAUUGUUACAUCAACUGUAAAGAAGAUGUAAUAAAUCUUGCCUACCUUUUAUCUAUUAUAAACCUUGUAGUUGUUUGUUGAUCGCAAAGAGUCUGAACGAGUGUUGGCGACACUAGUUAUUUAUGUUUUGCAUAUAUUAAGAAUUGAAAAUGAGGCUUUAGUUUUACUUGUAAAAUAUUUUUGAUUAAUUGUUAUUAUUCGUCUUGUAAUUAUAAAUGUUUUAUAUCCU